CGCGGACUUCAAACUUUAUGGGACAACCAGUUUACAGUCGUUUAGACAUAGUUGGGACUUUUGUUGGCCAAUCCACUGGAUCGGUGGCUGAGUUGCCCUUUUAGGUGUCCUUCGGGUGGGUUUAGUCGGGUUCUGCGGCCACGUCUUCCACCCACCCCGGGCGAGGUGUGCAAGUUGCGGCCUGGCAGCACCACUAUAACACGGCCAUAAGGCCCGAGGCGAAGUUCCGGAGGCGGCAGCAAGAGGCUCCAGCCGCUGCGGCGGGCGGAGGCGUACGCAGCGCCGCCUGGGCGGAGGGGGCCGGCCCAGCGCCGCCCGUGAACGCCGCCAAGUAUGGGGCGAGCUACCGGGUGUCGCGGAUGACGUACGACAAUUCCGGGGAGCAGGCUGCGCAGGCUUCGCAUUCGAUGACCCCGGGGCACAUGAGCGAGCGCGGGGAGUUGACGCCGGGGAGGAGCAGCGUCGCGCCGACAACCCAGCGCUCUGUGCAGGGGGUUGCCAGCGGCCGCUCCCAAGGUGCGAUCCUCAGCAAAACCGGGGAGUUUGUUCGCUACGACCCGGCCUCCUACAGGAACGCGGCUAUGAACUCCAUGGCGAGGAUGCCAAUGAGUUUUACACCCAUGCAGGUGCAGAACAUGGGGACCUCUGCCGACCAGCCGGGCGUUAUGGCCCUUACAGAUGAUGCUGGGCUCAGAUAGUGGAUCCGAGCGCAUAACAGUUGGAAGGCACAAGGACCUUCGCCGUUUCCCCGUCUGCGGCCAAUUUGUUUGACA